UAGAUUCAAAAGGCGGUGAUAACGAUUGUUUCAAUUUAUAGGCUAUGUUUUGUUAAAUUUGAAUUUUUCAAGUUAUUGCAAGAUAAAAUUUCCAGCAUAUUUCAUUUAUUAAAAAAUUCAUUUCCAGAGUGAUCUGUGGAGCUUAUAAUUGAGAAUGGAUAAGACCUCUUCUGUACGAAGAUCACUCAGACUUCAAAGCUGUGAUGAACAGCCUAAUGUGAAUCCUAUCAAAGUAGCAGUGAGCGCCGAAGCAAAAGACGAUAAAGAUGAUGAUGAUAAUAAUAGUGACAACGCCAGCAAUAUGAAAGGCAGCACACAUAAGAACAUUCAUCCGGGCAGAGCAACUAGGAGAGGAAAUGACUCUUCCAAAAAAUGUUUAACUAAUCUGAAAGGAGACUCAAGCCCAGAGAACGGCGAAUGCAGCCAUGUUGAACAUCUCCAGACGAUUUUAUCAGACAAAUGGUAUGUAGAAAAUGACGAGGAAUUUGUAUUUGAGGUAAAAAGUUGCUGUUUCUGCCCAAAAAAAUUCUUCUCCAACUUUGCGUUGAAAAAACAUUUUGACAGUGAACACAAGAAAAACAAGUUGAGUUGUCUACUUUGUAGUCAAACGUUUUCUCACGAAGACAGCCUUAGAAGACAGGAUCACUGUGAAAGACUCUUGCCCACCCCAAUGUUCUGGACUCCAGAGGUUCAGGAGAUUCUGCGCAAAUGUUUCAAACAGGAAGAAAACUCCCAAUACACUCUUCCACAACAGCCACAAAGACAGCUUUUGCAGUCUCAAAAUGAAAACGUUGCAACUCAAGUAGAGUCUCAAAAACAAACCGUACAUCCUUCUUUGCCGACACCCAAACCACAAUUAGAACCCCUGAAGUUAGAAUCGGAAACAUUGUCACAAGUUAUAUUCAAGAUUCCAUCGCAAAUACACCAACGGAAGAUCAAAGCACCACUAGAGGCUCAGGUGAAAAACUUACAGAACCCGUGCCUCACACAGCAGAAGGAACAAAACACGCUGAAACCCUCAUUGAAAAGAAAGUACAGCUGUCUAAAAUCCCCAUCAAAAAUUCAAAAUCAGAACAUUCAAACUCCAUCUGACUUGAGAUCCCAAACGCCAAUGAUGUCCAGUCGUAAACCGUCCCCUCUUGCCUUCAACCCCGACCGAGCGCAGAGCUUCUCACGUCCAAGAUAUUGUUAUAUUUGCAAGAAACAGUUCUCACAGCACUCACACUUCAAAGUGCACAUGGAGUCGGUGCAUCAGCAGGCGAAUCACACGUGCGAAUUGUGCAAGAAGACAUUCAGCAAGAAAGGGGAUGUGCGCAGGCAUAUGAAGUCUGCACACUGGGGGGAAAGGUAUAGGUGCAGCCAUUGCACUCAGACAUUCUCUCAGAAGGGCUCGAUCAAGUAUCAUGUCUUGCGAACACAUGUCACCGUCUUGCACUAAUCAUUCAAGUUUAGUAUCACAAAGGGUAAAUCAAUUAUUAUCGGCAGUAUAGGAGUAUUCUUGUUAAUUAUUGUAAUGUAAUGUACAGCACAUCAUAUAAUGUCGUUGGUAGUACUGGCCAUUUGCUGGGAAGAUUCAAUCUUGGCGUAUUUGUGCUUAUAAAGGUGCGUGCAGAUUUACGCGCCACGAACAUGAGCAAUUCACUUUUAAUCAGCUGAUGCCAAGCUUUUUAUAUCUGUAUCUUACCGUUUCUGUAAAAAUUCAGAUAUAAUCAGCUGAUUAAAAGUGAAUUGCUCAUGUUUGCGGCACGUAUAUCUGUAUGCACCUUAAAGAGUGACCCAGAAUAACGGGAACUUUUAAAAACAUCAUUAAAGAAAAAUGAGGAGGGUAAAAUAUUUUUUUUCACGACAAUGAAAACUUGAUAUCCAAGGAUCAUUGAGUUAUUUAAUUACAUUCCUAUAAUAGUCGUUAAUUAUAAUUUCGCCGUUAAAUGCAUUUAUCAAUUUUUAAAAUCACUUUCUAUGGCUUCCUCCUGCACGAAUGCAUUAUUGAAAUCUGUGUUGAAGAUCCUUAUUGAUCACUGAAACAUCUCUAAUGGGAUAUUGUGGAUUUCAUUCCGAAUUUUCAGUUUUAAUUUUUGAUGAAUUCAUCCAAAAUUAUUGAUAGAAUCAUGUGCGACGCCACACUGCUCGGCACUCAAUGACUUUGGUCCAUAAUCCUUAAAUGGCAAGUUUUUAAAUUUUCAUUGCCAUACAAUAAAUAUUUUUCCCAUCUCACUUUUGUUUCAUGACAUUUUUAAAAGUUUCCGUUAUUCUGGGUCACCAUUCAUCUGUGAAAUUCUCAAACUGGAAACUGCUAUUCCAAUUCAAUCACUGUUAGUCAUGGCAACUUUUUAUUCGUUUUGUGUGGACGGAAGGUGUAGGCCUAUCAGGGGACGAAAUUCAUUCCAAGAGACUCUUGUGGUAAGAAACUAUUCCCGAAUUGUACUGAACGUUUCAAUGAAUUUUCCCCAUGAUUCAAUCAUGACUGCCUGUCUGGAAAACCCAAUUAUACAUUUUUUGUAGUUGAUAGGUUUAUCAGGGGUAAAAAUUCAUAGACACUUUCAGUACAUUACGGGAAUAGCGCCUCAAUGGAAUAAUGUCUACGAAUAGAUUUUGUCCCCUGAUACAUAAAAAGUUUUACUAAACGUUGCUCUUCUUUAGUGUUAAUGAAAAGUGUAGUGGCCAGUAAUUAUAGAAUUACAAUAGCAAUUAAGUUUGUAACUUGCACCGAUAUAAGUUCAAAUAAGCAAAGAAUGCAUCAACAGUACUGCCAACAUAAAAAAAACACCACAUUGCCGGAUAAUAAUGAUAAUAAUCAUCUUACCCUCGUAGACUGAGUUCAAGACAACUAUUUUUCUAGUCGAAUGGAUAUUAUUUAAAAUAUUAUUUGAACAUUUAGAAUGUUGACUGUUUUUCCACAAGAUAUCUUACCUGCUUGAAAUACUUGACUCAGAUCAUUAAAUUAUUGAUAAUAUUGAUUAAAUGUGCCUUGUUUAUUGUAAAGUGAUGUGAAUUCGUUGCCUUAAUAUUAUUCAUUUUGUGCCUUGUUAAUGUGAGACUAAAGUAAUGAUAUUUCAGUGACUUGAUUUUAUUUAUUUGUUUAGUGCCUUGAACACAUUAUAGAGUCGAAAUUUUUGAUUGAGGCAAGUUUGAAAAGAGUAGGAACAAUAACUUGUUAACUUGAUAGGCUUGUCAGUUUGAUCUCAAGUCUUAAUUUCAGUUCAAUAAAUCAAAUUUUUCGUCAUCAGACAUUGUAAUUAUGUUAGUAGAUAACUGUGAAUGAUUUGAAAAUUUCAUAGUGUAUUAUCAAUCUGAGUUAAUCGAACUAUUUUCAGUUUUUCUUAUAUUCAUCCUAUCAGUACAAUGUUUUGAUGAAUUUUCAUUUGGAUUGAAAUUGAACUGUGCAUUUUACUUUCUAAUGUAAUUUGUGAGAAUCACCUUAAAAUUAUAUCUUUAAAAAAUUACAAUAAUAUUUUUUUAGAAUUUGAAAAGACACCAAAUUUACUUGAAUGAAUGAAUAAAUUAUGGAUGAAUGAAUGAAUGAGAAGCAUAAUGUUCAUCAUUCAUCUUGUGGUAAAGGUAAUGUGAUUCACGUAUUGUAUUUUGAUAUUCUCAAAGGUAAUAUAUAAUAAUAUGUAAAUAAUAUGAUGUAUGUUAUAUAAUAAUGUGUAUUUAUAUUCUCUUACCAAAGUAAUGAGAAAUAUGUAUUAUAGAAGAUGGUAUUUAUGUUGCACUAACUAUGAGUAUGAUAGUCAUUGCUUGUCCUAUUUAUUAUAUUUUAUCGAUGUGACAAAUGUAUUGUAUUCUAUUAUAAUCAUUCAAAUUGACUUGAGAAAAAUAGUUAUCAAAUUAAUUAUUAGUUUCGGCUGAUUUAGAAAAUCUAUUCUACAGCAAUUAUUUAUCAUAUACUUGUCAAAUAUUUUUUAACAAAAAAAUUAAGAUUCUCAUGUUUUCAAAUGAAACUGUCACUUAUUUCAUGAAGUCCAGGUCGGAUGUUAACUGAUUGAGAGAGCUUAUUAAUCAAUGACAAAUAAAGUAGGCUACGAUUUUGUGCCAUUGAGUGAAAUUGACAAUCAAUCAAAUCUAAGUUACUUUGUUGAAAUGGUUGGGAAUCCCUGGGCUACAGUAUCUAGUAACGAACUUCCUCAUAGCAAUAUCAUCAACAAUUUUUUUAAUGGACCCUUGGAAAACUGCUCACAUUUUUUCUUGAAUAAUAAUACUAGAACAUAGAGCCAGUGCCGCUCUUUUCACAAAAUUGUUGAUAGUGUGAAACUAUCAUUAAUUGUAUUAUCAUUGAUAAACUUGAUUUUUAAUGGUUUCAUUGGAUCACUUUCAUGUUCAUGAAUGAAUCAUUUGUAAAUAAUUAAUAGUAUAUUUUUCUAUGAAUGAAGAAGGAUUGUUGAAUAUGAAUGUAUUACUGAAUAUUGAAAAAACAAAAAAACUGGUUAACUUGAAUUGAAAAGUUUAUAAUAAAUUUAAGCUUGAAGCUGCAUAUUUACCUGAAAUCAUUCUUAAGUCAUUUAUUGUUAUCUUUGUUAUUGUUAGUUGCAAUCAUCCCUUUCUUAUUAAAGAAAAAGUGUUUAGGCUUAAGAAGUGUUUGAUUAAAUGUUCACCUAUUGAAUGGGUAGGCCUAUUUUAGUAUCAUUUGACAUUAUUAGGAAUAGUUAAUUCGUUUUUAAUUUAAGAUGGUAGUUAUUAGACAGGAAAAUUGUUUUCUUUUCCUUGCUUUAAAUUAUUAUUUGUAAUAUCUGUAAAAAGAAGUAACUUGAUAUUGAUUAAAUAUAAUAUAUACUGUAUUUGAA